UUUCGCACACACCAACACAACCGCAGGAGGGUCGCGAAAGGAGGUGCGAAGGUUGUGUACGCUUUGGCGAGUAGACGUUUGUACCUUGCGUGAUUUGUUGUACGAAGUCAACACGACGUUCACAAAAUUGGAAAGCAAAGAACAGCUCGCAAAAGAUCACCGGAAGUGGUUAAAGGAUCGCUGGUUUCUGUGGAAAAAAAUUAUUGGUGCGUUAGGCCUGUUUUCCGGCAGUACUCAGCUUGCGGUUGUGAUGUGAAUGACGGAAAAAAAUUGCAAACACUUACAAUUUGUAUCGGCCAAGACCAGUCCACAUCAAGUAUAAAACGAUGUCCAUCUCAUGGCGGACUCCAUCGUGCGAGAUUUUCUUAUCGACUGUCAGACUGUGACAGAGGCCGAGGUCCACUCCUUUGCGAGCAGUAUUCGGGAAAACAAUGAACUAAUCGACUCCCUCAUUCAAGUAAUUGAAGAAAAAAAGUACCAUAAAGAGUUUCUGGAACCAUUAUGCGAGCAGCUGUUUGCCUUCUUCCGUGCGCAGGAAGAUCCCCUGCGCCAGUUUGCAAUGUUUUUCAUCCCCUGCAUUGUUGGCAUCUACCUCGGUUCUGUUCACAAAGGCGACAGAAAGUCUCUUCGCUACGUAGAACUCCUAGUUCUGGGUGCUUACAAUUUGCAAGUGCUCGACAGCGAAGGAAAGCCCAACGUGUUAACGUCCACAAUACCGAGUAUUUCAAAGCCUUCCAUUUACCACGAGGUGUGUCCCAUAGCAAUGCCUCAGGCUCAGCUCACAGAGAAUGCCUUGUCCAAGCUAGAACAUGGCGAAAACAAGAUUGUGCAAGGACCUUACUUCACUAUAGAGUCAAUCAAUGCCAGCAAUAGGUUACAUGUCGCACUGGUACUCCUCCGUGUUUACAACCAAAACAUUAGCGUCAUGCCACAGGGCUCCAGGGCCUCUCUCUGCAAAAUGUGUUCUAAGCUCGUAAAUCAAGGGUCUGCACAUGGAAACAGGAGGAUGGUGCUAGAUGGACCACUUCCAUCAUCAUUCAUGCCUAAGGUUUCCCUCACAUCUCAGUUUUUACUGGAACUCCUGCAAGCGAUUUAUUUCUCUAUGUACAAUGGGUUGCCCUCACUGGGACAUCAGGCUCUCAAUGACAUUCACAGAAGGGCUAUGCAAACAAUGUAUACUGAUGUUUUAUUGGUAACCAAUGCCAUCAAAAAUUCACUACAAGUGCACCCCAGUGGUCAUCCAGCUGAUGGUCCCAUGGGCAUCAGCAUUGCAAUGUCACCCACGACAUCGACAACUACACUUUCCAAGGCCAUAAUCACCAACGCCUCCUUCCGCACAAAGAAACUGCCAGACGACAUUCCGAUUCCGAAAGAGAGUGAGAGUCCAGGACACGAGGGACUGGACGCAAUACGUGAAGAAGGCGCACACCCAGAGGAGCAUUCCCACACCACGUCCAACCCGACGAUGCCACAGGGAGCGGCUCAAGCAAUGAAAGCCAUGCUUCCGUCGAUGCGCAUUAUACCGGGCGUCACCAAGGUCGUCAAGGCCAUCACAAAACGCGAGGCCGUGGCGGUCCCACAGGUUGAAGUUCCCAUACCACCUGAACCGGAGUCUGUGGAGAUGGGGCUCGCUGUGGUGAACCCAUUUGUCGACUUGCAGACCACAAAGCGGGACAGGACCGAACCGGGAGCCACGACGGAGACGGAAAUGAAAAAGUCGGAGGGGGGAAGCACGUCUCCCACAGGCGAGAGUGUCACUGCGUCGAAGGAGGCGACGCUUUCCAAAAAGAGCUCGGCGCCGGAUGGGAAACAUCGCUCCCUAAUUAGUACACCCAGCAAGGAAAGUAUGCCUCCGGAUAAAAAUGACUCGAGCGCGCUCUCCAGCAAGAGGGGCUCCGGGACUGCGUCCAAGCUAUCGCCGAAAGGCGAACUAACUGCGACAUCUCCUGCGAAGGACACCGGGGCGUCUCCGACCGAAAAGAAGACUCCCACCCCGUCGGGAGCCGCAAGCCCAGAGCAGAGAGAGCCGGGGACGAACGUUUCGAGCAGAAAACUGUCACACACGGGCAGCGUGGCUCCAUCGCUGCCCGAUUCUCCGGAAAAGAAGUCCGAGCAUUCUCCGGCGGAGAGCAAAGCUCCAGACAAGAAAGAAUCCGAAGCGUCACCAAAGAACGCAUCAAAUUCAGAAUCAUCGGAGAAGCAAAGCGGUCCACGCAUUGACCACGACAGGAACGGCUCAAAAGGCGAAGGAAAAAACAUGAUGCCAAACGGAGUAGAACAGCAGCAACGCGAAAGCUACGGGAGCAGCGUGACCAAGCAGAGCAGCGUCAACUCGCAAAUGUUGCAGAACCUCGCGACUGCCGAAAAUUACACCUCCGGUCCGGAAGAGUUGCCGCAAGAGGAGAAGGCACAUAAAUAGGGUAACUCCGUUGGUCUUGUUUGCAAAAGGCACGUGACGCGUCUUGGUGCAACCAUCUGGGCACACACCGGGCCACCGAGGACAGCAUAUAUAUCGACGCGUGUAUUUUAGAGGUUGGAAUUAACCACGUGUGGCGGGACUGUCUUCAUUGAGUGAUUUUAGAACAAUUUUGUCACGUACGGUGCUAUGGGUAAAUAGUUGUCGCACAAAAAAAGGUGGCUGGCGCUCAUUUGCGAGGCAACCUCUAUUUGUAGGAUAUUUUGGGAAGAGUUUUGUUCUUCAGUUACGGGCGCGACCAUGAACUGUUUUUGUCGGCGAUGUCAUAAAUCCGAGUACGUACUUUUUAUAUGGUGGGCCACCGGCAACACUGAGCUCUGCUCCACCUAAGUAUAUAGUAUAGAAAGCACUUUUGAUCAUGCUGCAUUGCAGCAAAGUAUUGGACUCAGUGAAACAAUCCCUCAUUUUUGUAAUGACCAAUGCCUAAAAUACUACUUUAGUUCGAGGGAUUGCGACAAAACAUUAUGGACACUCGCCAACAUUAUGGACACUCAGUGGAGUUUCUGUUUGCUCAGAGUAUUGCUUAAAUGCGUGGAAGACAGUUCCGACAGUCGUGCAAUGAUAGCGUAUGUUGCCGGAUUAAAUUUGUGAAAUGCCAAUGUGUACAUAAGCACUAGUACUCCAGAAUAGAAAACAUAUUAAAAUAAUAAUGAUAAAGGUGUGCGCUGCACACCUGCAGUUGCAAUGUCAUACUGGACAAAACACAUCAGUUCCCCCCGCAUUCAUGCCACAGUCGUCUGGGUAGUGACGACAAAGACACGCCUGAAUGCACACCUCUCCCCGACCACCACCACCACAAUAUUUAUAUCACUCGUUAACCUCGCGGCUUUGCUCAUGCGAGAAGACCAAGAAUUCCACUUGCCAUAGGCAACAGUCUUUUUUCUUCUUUUUCUUUAUUUUAAUGCAGUAAGGUUGCUAUUCUGUGGUGUUAUCCCAACACAUUUGAAAUGGAGGUGCACCACGACGUAGCUCUCGUAAUUUACAGCCACAUUUCCUCAUUGAAAUAGCCCAGGUGAACGCUGUAACACUGACCGAUAACACUGAUGAUGAACAUAGCCGAUAAGUGCACGUUGUAGGAAAUCUAUACCUAAGGUGUUCCUGUGAUGGACACCUCAGUUUCUUUUCAAGCGGUUCCUACGGAUACACUGUCUAUACCAUAAUUGUAGUCCAGCGUCUGCGUACCGCUUUCAAUAGAAUCUAUCCAAGCGGCUGUGGGGCAGCAAAAUCCUUACACCUGUAUAGGCCUGCAUGCUCGAGUAUAUAUGUUACUGAAAUAUGUAUGAAUCACAUGAAUGUUGUCACCUGUAAAUGCUCCAUAAAUUUUCUGCACGCGCAAGCGUACCACUAUUGUACUGUAAAAUUCAUGUACUAGAGAUGUUUAGAAAACUAGGGGAACACAUAAAAAAAAAAAAAAGUCCUGAGUGCCUCCAUAUGCGUACUUCUGUUUAUUAUAUACAGAAUAGAUUUGUAGAGCUUUCAGAAUAUUGCUGUGAUCACUGCUAUAAUGCUCGAAUACCACCUUUCUUCUUUCUUUUCCCACGACAUACAGCUUGGGACAAAAGUUUACGGAAGUUUACAAAAAGUUACGAAAAGUACGUAGAAGUUUACGGAUACAGGGGGUGUCGCACUUCUCCAUUGGGGCGACACCCCAACAACAAACGGGAGUGGACGCACAUACUGAGAGAUGGACAGAAUGGCCAGUCACACCCGUUUCUUACUCAAUCUCUCCCUGUUAGCAAUCAGGGGGCCGUUCAGACGACGGAAUAUGCCACAACCGUGUUACGUAAAGUUUUGUCCCAAGCUGUACCACUUGUCCAAACAUGAUCACUGCUGCAAUGGUCACGAGGCUGCAAUACUGUAUCAUGGGUGCAAAUAUGUAAUACCUUAAGCAUCGUGUUGUCCUGUGGCAAAUGAACGUUGAAAUGUAUGUGCACCAAGCUCUCAAUUUCAGGGAUUUUGGUUUUGGGGACUCUAUUCUAUUACUAUAAUUACUUUUUUUGUCUUCAUGUCCAUUGUCAAUUGAUUUGCAAGAUAGUUAUAAGUCAUGUGCCACGUGUACUCAUUUGUAUCCGGGACAUCUGUACACUCAUGCAUAAUGAUAAGCGGAACGCAGCCAGGGACACGGACGAGGAAGUGCACAAACGAACUGCCAGCAGUUCGUUUGUGCACUUCCUCGUCCGUGUCCCUGGCUGCGUUCCGUUUAUCAUUAUGUACAGUUACCAACUGCCCCGCAUUUCUACGCUCGUUCUUGUGCACUCAUGUUUUGGACUGCAUGGUAGUUCAACUUUAAUGAUAUGCCAACGUUGUCUCAUUUCCCAUCCUGCUAUUUGUGAAAUGCUGUCGGUCCGGGGGAGGUGCGUGGCUUCUGGGGUUUCUCGGUCUUGGAGACAUUGUCUAAAAAAAGAGGAAUAACAAAGAACCAUCAGGUGGAAGCACCUAACGUCGAGAGCCUGACAAGGCCUUCGUGAGUAUGUCGUGAAAAGCUAAAAAUAGUAGUCACACGAAAAUCUAUAUGUGUAUCCGUAAAAUGUGAUUGAGGGCUUUGUGUCCCAUAUUUGUUGUCAAAGAACACAGGGUUUUAAUAGCACCUUUAAAAUUACAAUUUUGUCCUCCCCUACACGACUUGCAUAAAGAUACAGUUCUCAUGUCACUGACAUAAGCAAUUCAAGUGUUGGUGACAUAAUAACAAAAACUCCUGCCAGUUAGCCAUGUUUAGUAGUCCAGUAACUUUGAAUCGAAUUCAGGAGCCUGAAUUCGUAGGGUGAACUUUUAUGUGUGGUAUAUGUCUUCGUUUAUUUCCCGUUUCUUAUGGCAUUCUACUGCACUGUUGUUGUUGUCAUAAAUGCACCAUAUCAUAGAACGGUCGUAUGCUCAAAAUAUGGCACCGGAAGCUGUCCUCUCUCUGCACGUUUUUUUUUUUUUUGCUUCACAAGCUGUUGCAUGGCACUUCAUAGUAUUCGUGUUCUGACCCCUAUGGACCUUUUGGGCACUCUUCCUUUUCAUCACCUUGAGGGAGCACCACACAUCGAAAGUGACCCCCUUACAUGAGUAACGUACACAUCAGCCACAUAUAUUGUGAUUAUUAUUAUUAUCAUUAUGACCAAAGGCGAACUCAUCAUAGACAACUGCUGCUUCUAGAACUGUAGCAACAGGGCAGAUCAUUCUGAACCGGACAGUAUGGGUAAUAUGUUAAAUGUAAUACAAGGAUAGCUGUUCACAAUACAACAGUGCUUGUAAAGCAUAACUUGCGAGAUGAAGCAGUACCCUGCUGACAAAACACUGUCUUUACUAACAUGGCCCACAAUGACCAACUUUGACAUUUGCUGAUAUGAGUGCAGUGCUUGUUUCAGUCUUCCAGCACAGACUUGCUUUUUUGGAUUUUUUUUUUUUCAUUUAAAUGAAGGAUUGAAAGGUCUUGCAUUGAAGGGGAUAGUUGCCUUGCAGUCUGUUUAUCUUCCUAGAUUUUUCAUAAUAUAAAUGUUCUAGCUAGCUUGUUGCACUGUUGGCAUGCAACUGCAGAAUCUCUUCCAGAGCUGUUGACUGUUCAUCAAUAUCAAAGAAAUGUAUAAUAAAUUGUUGUUGACCA